AUGCUGACCAGCAUGUAUGACCGAUUUUGGAAGCAGGAAUAUUGGUUCCCUUCUCAGUACUCAUGGGCUGACAUGGAAGAUUCAAAUGGAAUCAUAUACACUCACCCCAAGGACUUGUUAGCAGCUAUUCCACUGACAUUUAUCAUAUUAAUUGUCAGAUAUAGCUUUGAGAGGGUCAUUGGGUUGCCCCUGGGCAGGCUCAUGGGUGUGCAUGAUGCUCGCAGGAUCAAGGCUUUUCACAACCCAAUCCUGGAGUCCUUUUUUCGUUCUCAGAGUCAAAAUCCAAAAGAGGCUCAGCUGAAUGAUCUGGCCACCCAAUGUAGCCUUUCUGUGAGGCAAGUUCAACGAUGGUUUCGAUGCAGGAGAAACCAGGAGCGACCGUUACUGAGCAAGAAAUUCUGUGAAGCCUGUUGGAAAUUUAUAGUUUACUCUUAUUUCUUUUUUGGAGGCUUCCUUGCUCUUUACAAUGAGCCCUGGCUAUGGAGGUCUAAAGCAUGCUGGGAAGGAUUCCCUAAACAGCCUCUGAAGCCUGCCAUAUACUGGUGGUAUCUUUUGGAGUUUAGCUUCUACCUCUCCCUGAUAAUCACCUUAUCCUUUGAUGUAAAAAGAAAGGAUUUCAGAGAGCAAAUCAUCCAUCAUUUUUCUGCCAUCACAUUGAUCUACUUCUCUUACUGCUCCAACUACAUUCGCGUUGGAACCCUGGUGAUGCUGAUUCAUGAUGUGUCUGAUGUUUUCUUGGAGGCAGGCAAGAUGUUCAAUUAUGCACGAUGGAAAAAUUCAAGUGAGAUAGUCUUCAUCAUCUUUACUGUGAUAUUCCUUUUUAGCCGGCUUAUUCUUCUCCCAUACAGAGUCCUCUACACCACCAUCUAUGAUUCCAUGGCCGAGCAUAAACCCUUCUUUGGUUACUACUUCAGCAAUGCCCUCCUGUUUAUUCUUCAGGCUCUCAAUAUUUUCUGGUCAUACCUCAUACUUCAAAUGUUCUUCAGAUUUAUUAUUAUUGGCAAGGUGAAUAAGGAUGUGAGGAGUGAUAUAGACGAACAGUGCACCAGUGAUGAGCAGUCAGAGACAGAACAAAAAAAGAAUGGGAGUCCAGCAAUGUCACUUAUGGCCUCCCCCAACCCUAAAGUGACAGAGGGGCAGGCACUAACUAAAAGACACUGACAAGUUCCAGCAACAUAACCUGGUUCAGCACAGGGGCCUCAGAGAAUCCAAAUCAAUGAAGAACUCUAUAUGGCUGAUCUUCUGACUGCUUGAAGAUUAAGUCAGUAUGAGAAAUCUCUCAGAUUCUGAUCCAGUGCAAAGUUCCUUAGGACAAAACCUGAACUUGUACAAUGCCUCUUACUUCUUAUUUCUCCUUGUCUUCCAUCCUCACCUAUAUUGGAUUUUAGGGAAGAAGGGGAAAGAUGGAAUCUCUGAACAGGAUAUUAAGAGAGGCUUACUGAUCCUUCCCUUAAAUAGCCUUUUCCCUGAGUUAAUGCCACUGAACUGCCCUAUCCCUGAGACCAGAAGUCUCCCAAUUUUUCUAAUCAUACAUUCUAUUGGUAUAACAUUUUUAUCAUAAAUCUGCGACAGAUCAUAAAUUUGCAACAUGUGCAUAAUGAUUCAUCUCUAAAUCGUAUACAUUUGAUGCUAUGUUGACAUAUUAUUUGUUUUGCAACAUACACAAAAAUAAAAAUUUAAAAGGGUUGCAAUAAAAAUGAAAUAAUAUUUUACAUAAUAACCAUACAAAGCCCUCCAAAAUUACAGUAUUUUUAUUGAAAGCAAUAUGGUUGACUGUGCUUCAUUAUUUUUUUUAAAUCUCAGCUUCAAUUCUCAUAGCAGGGAAUUGAAAGCAUGAUUUUCAGUUUAAUUCAAUAGCUGACUACUUAGUUUGAUGGAUCUCAAAGCUGUAGGUUGUACCUCACAGAGAUACAGAGAUCCAAAUGGAAGAAGUUCAUCAUUGGCCAUCCUUACUCAAUCACAAUACUUAUUUUGCAAUCCCAUCACCAAUUAUGCAAAAGUUUUUUUGUUGAAAUUUGGCUAGUAGAUUUCUAUCUUCCCUUAUUGAAGGGGAUGAGGAUGUAUGUAUGUAUGGAACAUGAUUUCCGAAGGUCAGGCAGAUACCAGAUCUGGAGGUUGGUUGUUUCAUUAGGAGAAAGAAGCUGCAGCAGAAUAAGUGGCAACAUGCCUGCAUCUACACUGUUUUCCAUCAGUAUGUGGCUCUCUUCCUUUAUUUCCAAAAUAUUCAAUGAAGUUGUGAAGGGGAGGUAGUUUGGAGAAAUGGGGUCUUUGGAGCAGAAUUGCAUAUCUAAUAAAGUUAUAGACUGGAUGACUUGAGUCAAAAA